AUGGAUGCUACUGCUCACUCUUUCCGCAACACUGUCGCUUACUAUCUUCGUCGUCAACCCUAUCAGGUAAACUUUAUAUUGGGCGGAGUGGACGACGAUGUUCCUUCGAUAUAUUACCUUGAUUAUUUGGGCACAUUACAGAAGAUGAAUUACGCGAGUCACGGAUAUCCUUCCUACAUUCUCCUUGCUCUAUUUGAUCGUCUUUGGAAGAAAGAUAUGACCAGAGAGGAAGCAUUGGAAUUGUGCAAUCGUUGCCAGGAGGAGAUGAAAGGGCGGUUCCCGAUGAACGAGCAUCACUACGUCACAAAGAUUGUAUCGAAAAAUGGAAUUGAAACAUUUAAGAAUUAUGCUUGUUUGUUGAAAAAAACCAUUUAA